AUGGCUCUUGUCCUCUUCCAACUCCAGUUAAUCGCGAUCAUAUCCGUCCUUAUUACUACGGCGUUCCCAUACCCAGCUUAUUCCGAGGCUAAUGCCACGCUCACCUACUGCUCCGGCGAUCCGCCCUACAAACCCACCUCCCCUAUCCUGAGCCCUACCCAGUUCACGGACUUCCUCUACGGCGUGGCCACCGCCGCUCCCACCACCGCCGACAGGUCCUCCAGCUCCCAGCUCCCCGCCGGCGACCAGACCAUCUACGCCGUCGCCCAGUGCCGCUUCGACGCCUCCCCCUCCGACUGCUCCGCCUGCCUCAACUCCUCCCUCGACUCCAUCGGCAGCAGCUGCGCCGCCUCCGCCGUCCGCUACGACCUCUGCCUCCUCCGCUACGACGUCCGCGACCUCUCCCUCUUCGACGAGAACGAGUACACCGCCGCCAUCUUCAACGCCACCCGCGCCGCCGCGAAGCCCGCCGAGUUCGAGAGGGACGUGUCGGCCCUGCUGUCCGCCGUCGUCAACGACAGCGCCGCGGCGGGGUCGCGGCUGUGGACGGGCGUCAUGACGAAUAGCUCCGCCGGCCGGAGCGUGUACGAGAUGGCGCAGUGCAUCCCGGAGCUGUCCGGCGCCGACUGCGCCAGGUGCCUGCGGGGGGCGCUCGGCCGGCUGACGGCGGACUACAACGGCAGCGCCGGCAUGCAGGUGCUGAGGCUCAGCUGCGCCGUCAGGUACGACACCUACCCCUUCUUCGACCCCUCCCUCCCGCUGCCCAGGACUCUGCUCAACGGCUCGGCCGCCAACAGCCCGUCAGCACCUCCGCCGAUCGUCGCUCCGUCUGGAAACAAUAAACACGCAACAAAAGUUGUUCUUAUAAUUGCCGUCACUGUGGGUGCUGGAGGGGCGAUUGUGCUUUUCGCCAUUUGCAUUUAUCUCUUCAUGGGUAAAGUUGCUAGAGAUGCACAAUAUAAACAGAUAAGGUCCAUAUCGUUUGAUCUGAAAACGCUUUGUACGGCCACAAAUAACUUCGCUAUUCAAAAUAAGCUCGGAAGCGGUGGAGCUGGAAUGGUCUACAAGGGAACGCUACCGGAUGGACAGGAAAUAGCAGUGAAGAGGUUUUCAGGAGCAUCGCAUCAAGGGAUAACAGAGUUAGGAGUUAUCGUCUUGAUUGCAAAGCUCGAGCAUCCGAAUCUUGCCAAGUUGAUCGGCUUUUGCUAUGAAAAAAUGGAAAUGCUUCUGGUUUGUGAAUAUCUGCCCAAUAAAAGUCUAGACAACUACUUGUUCGAUCCCAACAGGCGAGCACAACUAGACUGGCGAAUGCGCUACAUGAUCAUCAGAGGAGUCUGUCAGGGUCUUCUUUACCUUCAUGAAGAUUCACAGCUGACGAUCAUCCAUCGAGAUCUAAAAGCAAGUAAUAUCUUGCUAGAUAAGGACAUGAAUCCUAAAAUUGCAGAUUUUGGUCUCGCAAAGCUUUUGGGUAGCGAUAGAACCCAUGAAAUCACUAGAAAAAAUGCUGGUACAUUAGGAUAUAUGGCACCUGAAUAUUACAAUAAGGGGCAAUUUUCAAAGCAAUCGGACGUGUAUAGCUACGGUAUAUUGGUCUUAGAGAUUGUAACCGGAGAAAGAAACAGUGAAUUUGAAGGAUCAAGCGACGCUCUGUAUCUUUCAACCUAUGUAUGGAAACACUGGAGAAAUGGGAAGGGACUAGAUGUCGUCGAUAAAAGUCUAGGUAAUCUGUAUGAACAAGACGAAGCAUUAAAAUGCAUCCAGAUUGGGCUACUUUGUGCACAACAUGACCGCGCAAAGCGACCCAGCAUGAGUCAAGUCUCAUCCAUGCUUGAUGGUCCCAAUGAAAUAUCGGAACAACCAUGCGAGCCUGGGUACGUGCCGGUGGUUGACAACACUACAGUUAUUAGCUCACCCGAACAAGAACAAGCGCCAUUCAAUACAUACAGGGCCAUUCAAGAACGAGAAACCGUGUAGGUUACCAAGGUGUUAGUUCCUAUAUAAGUUUUUUCUAAUGGUAAAGUGCUUCAUUUCUCAUUUCAAAUAAUCAAAUCAGUUCAUUUUUUCUAUGUCCUUGUUAAACUGAUAAUUGUGACAAUACAAUUCAUUUUCAGAGGUUGAUGGGCCUAACCUACAAAUAUGUGGAUGUUGAGGGAGAAACAAUUUCAAUUUUUAUUCAAGUGUAUGAUUUUAAACAUUAUUGUUAGUUCGAGUGGCUUGAAUUUGGCCAUUGUUUGUAUAAUUACGCUGUGAGCUCGCUGGACGUGUAUACUGUUAUCUUUUGCAUUGCAAUGUUGAUACUAAGAUACUACAAGUAGUA